CUCUCCUUCAGAUUUGUCCGUGUCGGUUGCGUUGUUGCCACACAUGGACCCGCUGCCGACGCGUAUUGCGCAAGCCGACUCGAAGCUGCAGAUGGAUCCUGCGUCCGAGCUCGCAGCGGCGCUGGACCGUCCGACAGCUCGAGGUGAUUGGGCUGAGCCCUCGGGUGCUGCUGACGUUGCUGACGCUGCUGCUGAUGGUGCUGCUACUGCUACUGCUGCGGAUCUACUGCACCUGCUGCCGCUGGAGGCCAAGAUUGUCGACACGAUUCUGUUGUUCAACAGCGUGUCCAAGGACGAUGGCACGUUUGACACGUUUCCCGAGAUUGACAGCCCCGACUGGAAGAGCUUCAUCGAGACUGUUCCGCUGUUCUGCUUCCCGUCAGAGUCAUGGCUCGUGGAGCAGCCCGCGACGCCCUUUGCGAGGGGCAGCCAGGCCACCAUGCCGGCCGUCGUGCGUGGCAGAAGCGUCUCCGACGAGUCAUCCGGCAGUGCGAGCAACGCCACGGCGGCCCGCGAGCCCUACUUUCGAUCGCACUCGUUUGUGCUCACAGAUGCGCUCGGUUGCCAUCGCUACGGCGUGUGCACCGUUCUUCUGACGCCAACCGGGCAGCCAGUCACUGACCAUACACGGACGCAACGUGCGCAUCAGCGUGCGUCAAACCAGUCAACGCAGUCUGCGCCGGACGCGUUGGAGUCGGCGUCCAUCGGCCAGCUGCGCCGGACAAGUCGCGGUCGCAAGUCGUUGUCCCUGCCUUCCACCAUGCUCCAAACCGCGUUAAACUAUGCCGAUCCCGUCAUCUCCAGAUUCCCCGACGUGCCAGGUUGCACGUGGCGCGCCGUCGCGCUUCUUUCCAGGCUGCCCUUGUUUGACUCUUUGUUUAAAAUUUCGCGCUCGUUGCUCGGCAUCUGGUCGGAUACUCCCGAAGAGCUUGACAACUGGUGUCUUCACCUGACCUACUCGCUCCCAACACCACCUGUCGGCGGCCUCAGUGUCGAAUUCCAAGUCGGUUCCGAGCUGGUGUCGGUCUCGCGCCCAGCCUCCCGUCGCCUUGUGGACGUGGACACUUCCGUUUUGCUGAGCACGCUUUCGCCAAGCAGCAUCCUCCAGGUUUACGGUUCGCUCCUGCUGGAAAAGUCAGUGAUUCUACAUUCGACCAACCUGGAGGCUUUGACCGCCACGUGCGAGAGUUUCCGGUCGCUCCUGUUUCCGUUUGAGUGGGAGCAUGUCUACAUUCCGAUUCUCCCGCCCUCCUUGCUGUUGGUUGUCCAGUCUCCCGCCCCUUUCUUUCUCGGAAUGCACACGGAUGCAUUUCUGGAAUGCAGCGACGAGAUUGACGAGGGCGUCGUUGUUGUCGAUCUCGAAGCGGAUAUCAUUCGCAAUGGCGCGACGCUCGGUCGCAACCAUCAUCUCAAGCUGCUCAAGCUACUGCAACAAGCCCAGCAGCGCCGAUUUGAAGAGAGAUACGACACGCCGCGUCCUCGUCGAUCAGCAGUUGCGCUGGCUGAUGUGGCGCCGGGCGAGUCGAUCCAGCCUGCCUCCAAGCGCGGCGCUGACGAAACGGUUCACAGCCUGCUGCUGGAUGCCUUUGCUAUGUUUGGAUGGCGGUUUGCUGCUGCCAUUGCUUGUUAUCACGACGACUCGACGAGCGAACUCGACGUAAUUGCCCUUUGUGCUGCCCAUCCCGAGCUUGACUCCAAGUUUGUUGAGAGCUUUUGCGAAACAAGCGCCUACUUUCGAUUACUUGACAAUUCAAGAUUGCGUGCAAGACUCGGCUCUUCACCCUUGAGAGCACCAGAGUGGACGAGCGCUCGGGCACACCUCGCCCUCAAAGUGCCGCCUCCAGUGUCAAGUGCCACUGAAGGCUACCAUAGCAGGCUACUUGGCAAACGAUUCUUGCAGCUCUCUUCUUCGUUGCUGCCCCUUUUCCUGUGGAAGCCUACCGAGUUUCUGGUUGAAUUUUUAACGGUAGCCAUCGACCGUCAGCAUAGUCAACUUCAACUGCAAGGCGCUCUCACCGCCACAUUUGACGCGACGCUUUGCGACCUCGUGAUGAUGCGUGCGAGCGCGCUCUUCUCCAUGAAACUCUAUGCGUGCGCGGUGCAAGAUAUCCUCAUCCUCCUGGAGCUGUGUCGCCCCAAGCCGCAACAGAGCGAGCAGCCGCAACAGAAAGAGCCGUCGCAGCCACCCUUCCACAGCACAGUGCUGCGCGACUGCAUUCACAUCAUCAAGGAAGACGUUCCUCCAGAACUCGUGCACAAGCUUCAUCCAGCCCUGUGGGAGCUGUUGAAUUCCAGCUCGACAGCGAUCGCGCCACCGUCGGCGACAGAGCUCAUGGUCCACCCUUUCUGUGCACAUGCGACUGGCAGUCAUUCGUCUCGCAACUCAGCCAUUGAUCCAUCUCUCUCGAACGAUUCCUACCUGUCCUCGACAGAGAAAGGGGCGUUGCAACAGCAGCAGGCGCUUGCGGACAGGCCCAAACUGGCCUCAGCCCAGUCGACCGUGGAUGCAGCCUUGGUUCAGGAUAUUGCCAUGCGACGGCCAUCAGUGGCGCUGACAUCCGCUACGAUGCGGCGCAGAAUGUCGAUUGCUCCACAGUCCCUCAUUCCGACGUCGGCGCGCCGACUCUACAAGCAGCCCACCCAGGCAGAGCCGACCGAGGCAAGCAAGCAGCCAGCGAGUCCCGUGGGUUCACCAGCCGACUCCAAUCGGCUGUUGAUUCUGAAUGCCACGAGCUCCGCAGCCAAGUCCCGGCCGCUGCCGCUGCUUCCUGGGCGUGUGCUCGAAUCGAACGGAUUUCAAGUUUUGCAACAGGGCAUGCGCACAAGAGCGUCCGUCACUGCCCACUCAAUCAUUUCGCCAGCAACUUCAGUCAGUUCGCUAUCCGCUGCAUCGUCCGAAGAAGACUUGCUGCCGCCUCUGGACCAUUUAUCUGCCCUGGAACUGUCCAUCCAAAUGCUGGAAAUUCUGGCCGAGCUCUUCCGCAUCAUCGGCCACACAGAGGCGACAGGCUUUGUGGUGUCCGAUCCCAGCCGCGUUGCGCUCAUUUCAUACACAUCUGCCUUCCAGAACUUUGCGCGUUUUGCCGAGCAGCUCAGCACCGUGCAAAUCCACAAAGUAUUUGCGAGCAUUGAGGAAAAGUUGUGUUUCUUCCUGAACAUUCGAUCCGCACUUUUGAUGCACGCCGUGCUCGAACUGGGCGGCCCGACUUAUCGCCAUCAAUGGCAGUUCCUGUAUUCGAUCGCGCGGUACCAACUCGGUGGGCGGCUGUACUCUGUUGCAGACAUUGACGAGACGAUUUUGCGAUACUCGGAUCCGCUGACCUCAGCUCCCCUCGCCAGCACCGGAAAAUCCAAGACUACGACCACCACUCCGCCGCUUCGGCGUGGCCUGUCCCGAGGCGUUCGGCAAAUGAGUGUGCGAACGAGGUCGCGAGCGACCGAUCUGGACGAGUUUGUUUCGCCAAACGGUAGCAAGUCCAACCUUUGCGAGCCCUCCCAGGCAUCACCGCAUCAGGCAACGUCGCAACCGUCCAACCCUGUCCAGGGUGGUGCAUCAUCUGCCAAAACGCGUCAGCAACAGUUGGUAAACUCGCUCACUCCGAGCCAACUUAUUUCGCAAGACCUAGCUCUCCACGAGAAUUUCCGGUUCAUUUCUUUUGCCUGCUUCAACGGCACCAAUUCGUCGCCGUUUGUGCAAAUUUACAAGCCAGACACUGUGUGGGAGCAGCUGCGGAUGGGAGCCGUGCUCUUUGUCAACGAGCAGGUUUCCGUACUUUCCCCAAGCGUUGUACUUCCAGUGCAUUUCCGCUGGUACUUUGAUGACUUUGGCGAGCAAAAGAAGGACAUUGUGAACUGGUUGCUAUCGCUCCCCGAGUCACAGGCUGCUGUGGCACUUUCGACUCUGAGUGCGGCAGAGCGACGACGUCUCUCCAUUGAGAUUCGAAAGCCCGCGUGGCAUUUCCGUCUGCACUGGCUCGAACUGGAUCCGUUGUCUCCGAAUGCACCUGCUCUCCAAACUCUGCGUGUCAAGGUGCACACUGGAGGCGACAGGUGCAACUUUGACCUCGAGCAAUGCGCGCUUUCCAUCCAACUGCAAGGCGACCGGGACCAGUUGACUCCAUAUGUCGCGUUGGAAGAAAAUGGAGACGCCGCCUCCUUUACCAUCGGGUCUUCAACCAGUUUCAAAAUCUUGGUCCCUAGCCACGUGAGUGUUGGCUCGAUUGUCAAGGCUCGCUUGCGCGUUUCGUCCCGGCCACGGGCUGUCCAAGCGCGACCACGCCGCGGUAACACGACUCCGGAUGCCACUCAGGUACUGGGGCCUGAAGGCAGGUCUGGAGCAGGGGCUCUUGCGACGAACGACCGGGAGGAGGACGACGUUGCCGAGCUGUUUGAUCUUUCUGCCACCGACUUGUGGUGGCUUCCCAGCAGCGUUUCCAUCGGGUUGGAUCUUGAUACAACGCCACAAACCCUGUUGGUCAACGAGCAAGUGAUGGACGGCGUGACCCGGGACGUGAGCUUUUCCCCACUGCGAAUUUUUGAGGUUACACUCCAUACUGCUCACUCUCAGAGCGUCAACGUGUCCGCGUCCGUGCAGUUUGUUGGCGCCCACGGCUUCAGCGCGCCGUACCGCGUUACGCCAGGGUCGGCCAGCAACUACAUGAAAUUCACAGGAGAGUCUCCAACCAUGUUCAUCAUCGACACUCCCGCCCCCAUUGGAGACCUCACUGGCAUCAAGCUUCGAAUUGACGGCUUCUCCUUGUUCUCGUCCCGCAAGUGGAAACUCGACCGGAUUGAAGUGUACGAGCCGCUGGCUCUGAGCACUCGUAUUUUCAUUACCAACCACGUUGUUCGCUUGGACGACGAGAACAACUGGGUCUUGUUUUCCUAAACCGCCCUGGAAAGUUCGUCGAAUCCUGUUCCCUUUGUCAUCAUUACACGACUCAUUGUUGUUUG